AUGCCAUGUGAGUUUGCGCUGGUUAUAGCAAACUCCUUUAUAUCUUUGCAGAGGUUCUCAAGCUACUACCGAUUGGUCAGGGCCACUGCCUGGGUCCUCCGGCUUAUGCGACGGUGUCGCGGACACCGUGAGAAGAGCGACGAAUACGGGCUAACUGCGGCUAAGUGCGCCGAGGCAGAGCGCAUGCUGAUCCGGCUGGCGCAAAGUGAGGCGUUCGCUGAGGAAACGCAACGGAAGACUGUCACAAAUGACAGCCAAUUACGAGGGCUGUCGCCAUACGUCGACGAAGAUGGAGUCAUACGUGCGUGUGGAAGGAUCGAUGCGGCCGCGUGCAUGCCAUUCAGUGCGCGGCGCCCGAUCAUACUGUCGCACAAACACGCACUGGCAGAGAUGAUCGUCGGUCAUUACCACGAUAAGAUGCGGCAUCAAAACCUGGAUGCGACCAUAUGCGAGAUCCGGAAGAGGUUCUGGAUAACCAACUUGCGGAGGUUACUACGGAGGAUAGUAACCAAUUGCCACAUCUGCAAACUACGAAGAGCACGACCAAGACAGCCAAUGAUGGGUCCCUUGCCAGAGGACCGGCUCGAGGCCAAUGGAUGGCCAUUUAAGUAUACCGGCCUGGACUAUUUGGGGCCGCUGAUGGUGACGUUUGGACGUCGAACGGAGAAGAGAUUCGUGCAUCAUCGCGAUAAGGAACUUCAUGUGCUGCCGUGGACCUGUGGUCAGGAUGAGAAGCGACAACGGAAAGAAUUCGUCGGAGCUGACAGAGAGGCCAGGAAAUUCGACGAAGUCUUCGAACCGGAGAAGAUCCAGGGCGAACUGUCGUCCAGAGGAGUCGAAUGGAUCUUCAACUGUCCGGCAAACCCAGCUGAGGGAGGCGUCUGGGAGAGAAUGGUCCAGUGCGUCAAGAAGGUGCUGGCGCAUACUGUGAAGGAGGUGGCUCCUAAGGAGCACGUGCUGGCAAGCUUCCUGAUUGAGGCGGAAAACAUUGUCAACUCGCGUCCGCUCACACACUUGCCAGUCACGGUUGAUCAGGAAGCCCCAUUGACACCGAACGACCUGCUGAAAGGAGCAGCCGGCGUACCGGACCUUCCAGGAGAACGAUGGGAGAAGUGGUGCGAGCACGUCGAGCCAAUGCGUCGUGGAGAUCUCGUAUACGUAUGCGAUCCUGCCAUACCAAGGAGAGAAUGGAGGCGAGGCAUCGUUGAGGAGGUGUAUGCUGGAGUGGACGGAGUACCACGACGAGCGGCGGUGCGCGUGGCCAGCGACGAUCGAUCCAAGCUUAUGAUGCGUCCCGUCUCCAAGUUAGCUGUACUGUACGUGGUGAAUGCAGCUGCGUCACGGGGAUCGGGAUGUCGCGGAACGGAUUAG